CUGUAUCUGGGUUUUGUUUCCUCUACAGGACACCAGGUCCUGGGCGAGAGAACUUGGCAGCCUCUCCCCAUGGCGGUCUUAUUCCUCCUCCUUCUGUUCCUAUGUGGAGCCCCCUGGUCUGCUGCAGACAAUAUCCAGACCAUCUUUGUAGCCUCGGGGGAGGUGCUGGAGCUGCCAUGUCCCUUACCGCCCACCCUGAGUGGAGACGAACUCCUAUCCUGGUUCCACAGCCCAGCAGCAGGUUCCUCCACUGCCCUGGUGGCCCAAGUCCAAGUGGUCAGGCCAGCCCCAGACCUCGGGAAGCCCACCAGGGCAUCCAGACUCAAACUACUGGGGAACUUCUCACUCUGGCUGGAAGGGUCCAAGGAGGGAGACGCUGGUCGGUACUGGUGUGCUGUGCUGGGUCAGCACCACAGGUACCAGAACUGGAGGAUGUAUGAUGUCUCCGUGCUCAGAGGAUCCCAGCUAUCUUCGAGGGCUGCCGAUGGAUCCCACUGCUCGGUCCUCAUGUGCUCUGUGGCCCCCGCCAGACGCCUAGACUCUGUGACCUGGCUAGAGGGAAAGGGUCCUGUGAGGGGCCGUGUACAGUCAUUUUGGGGCGAUGGGGCUGCCCUGCUCUUGGUGUGUCCUGGGGAGGGACUCUCUGAGUCAGAGGAACAUAGAGCAAGAAUCAUCCGCUGCCUCAUGCCUCACAACAAAGGGGUCAGCUUUAACCUGACAGCCUCCACGGAUGCCUCCCCUGCCCUCUGUGCCCCUUCCACGGGCUGGGACGUGUCCUGGAUCGUGAUGCUCUUGCUCACAGUGGGUCAGGGGUUCACCAUCCUGGCCGUCAGCAUCGUGCUCUGCAGACAGAGGGCCCAGGGGACUCAGUGCAGAGGUGCCUCAAUUCCUCAGUUCAAACCUGAAAUCCAGGUCUAUGAGAACAUCCAUUUGGCCCGUCUCAGCCCACCUGCCCCCAAGAUCAAAUGAUCUCCAUGACAUCUGCUGGAAGUGUGAUCUGCUGUCCCUCUGGCCAUCUGGCACCUGAGGCUUCGCCUGAAAACCUGGCAAGGAGGGGAAGGGCUUUGAGUGCUGCCCUACAGUCCAGCUGAUCUCCAGCAGUCACGCUGUGUGUGUGUGUGUGUGUGUGUGUGUGUGUGUGUGUGUGUGUGUUCAGGGGCGCUGAAGGAAAGCAAAGUAUUAUUCUGCAAUGUCACCUGUGAGAUCACAGGUGUGAUCUCCUGUUUCAUAGCAGCCAGAAAGGGGUGGUCCUGAGCCCUCAGUACCAUGGGACUGAAGGGGAGCCCAGGGUGGCUGCUAGGGGGUGCGGAGGGGUGGGGAUGGGCAGAGAUGAGACAGGAGAAUCCAGAGAUUUGAGCAAUUUUGGAAAGUCAGUCUCAGGAAACCACUGGACAAAUGGAGGCAACUAAAGAAGAGAGAAGGGAAGGGACUCGAGUUAGAGGAAAGAGACAGGCAGGGAGAGAAGACAACAGAAGCACCAGGUGGGAGGACUGAAUGACAGAGAAUUGGAAGAAGACUCAGGUUGCCCUGAAAUUAAGCCCGACCAUCCCCCACCCCCAUCCCCCUCGUCCCUGCUCCAUCUCGUUUGCACAGAGAAGUGGAAGGAGAACACGCACCUUUAAUCAGACCUCAGACUUCCUCACACGGACAGGGAGGGCACUGAGUCAGGACGGGGUGGGGGGGUGGGGGGUGGGGUGCACUCCCAGCCGCCCUCCUUAUCCUAGCACUUCCUGUGGCAUCCGGAGCAGAGCAGUGAGAGGCUUAUCAACAUCCUGACACCCUGGGAGGCCCUAGAGUCACAUGCUAUCUCUGGGGGUAGAGGGAGUGUCCACAGGGGCGGUGGGUGGAUUCCCUGGUGGGGUGUGUGCUGGGCUGUCUUUGAGCCAUGGACAAGCCUGAGCUGGUAGAACAGGGAAGGGCACCGAUGCUCCUAACUGGUCUGUUCCUGGUCUCAGGCAGAAAGGAGCCAGUCUCCCCCACACACCAUCGCAAGCAACUCCACCAGACACCCUUUUGUGUGUCUGCUCAAAUUUGGGCCUCACUGGAGGAAAUCUUUCUCAGAAGUGUCAUCGAAAGCCGCCAUGCUACAGGGGCUCAAGCUAAGCUAUUAGCAAGAAGGAGGACGCAAAUGACACAAAGGGAGAAUGAGGUGAAAGUUACAGUUCAGGUCCCAGCAGCCCAGCCCAACCCACCAGGCAGCUCUAGUUUGCUUUUAAAGAGAGAGAGAGAGGGAGGGAGGGAGAGGGAGAGAAAGAGCACACACACACACACACACACACACACACACACACACACACACACACGGCAGUGUCCUAGACUCUCAGAUAGCACUUUUAUUAAAUUUACUCUUCACAGUUCCCCCAAGAACCUCCUUCCUGAGUUCCUGAACUGCCAAAUUAAUCUUUCCUAGCAAGACUGUCCUCCUCACCAUACCUGGUGCCCCUUCAGUCCCCUUGCCUGGGACCCCCAGCUUCAUCAAACUGCCUGCCUUGACCAAGACCUGGAGCUGAGAUAGGGCAUCAGCCGUGGGCAUCUAGAAAAGACAAAAGACCUAGAACAGAUAUUGUUUAUGAGGCGGGGCUCUGGGCAGGUGCCUAUCCAGGCUAGAGUGGUGCCCACA